AUGGUGUACCGCCAACCCUGGUCAUACUUUGUAAACAGUCCUUGUCUGAAAUGCUCCCCAGUUGCCCAGUACAAGUGCCAGCUGUUUACUAUGGAGGCCCUGGCUGGAGGCUGGGAUGCAGACGGGAAAGGCCCGAGUGUCUGGGAUACAUUCACCCAUCAGGGAGGAGAGAGAGUGUUCAAGAACCAGACUGGCGAUGUAGCUUGUAGCAGCUACACUCUGUGGGAGGAAGAUUUGAAAUGUAUCAAACAGCUUGGAUUGACUCAUUACCGCUUCUCUCUUUCCUGGUCACGUCUGUUACCUGAUGGGACGACAGGUUUCAUCAACCAGAAAGGAGUUGACUAUUACAACAAGAUCAUCGAUGAUUUGUUGGAAAAUGGCAUCAAGCCUAUAGUGACACUCUUCCACUUUGAUUUGCCUCAGGGUUUAGAAGACAAAGGCGGUUGGCUGUCAGAGACAAUAGUUGAAUCCUUUGACAAAUAUGCUCAGUUUUGCUUCCGUACAUUUGGGGAUCGAGUCAAGUUGUGGAUCACCUUAAAUGAGCCUAAUCUGUUUGCCCUGAUGGCAUAUGAUCAUGGCACAUUUCCUCCUGGUGUGCCUCACCUAGGAACUGGGGGUUAUCAGGCCGCUCACAACUUGAUUAAAGCUCAUGCCAAAUCCUGGCACAGCUAUGAUUCCUUAUUCCGAAAAGAGCAGAAGGGUCUGGUGUCCCUGUCAUUCUUCAUUGGCUGGGUGGAACCAGCAGACCCCAACUCAGCAUCUGACCAAGAAGCUGCUAGGAGAGUCAUGGCUUUCCAUCUAGAUCUUUUUGCUAAACCCAUAUUUACUGAUGGUGAUUAUCCUGAAGGGGUCAAGUCCCAGAUUGCCUCCAUGAGUAAGAAGCAAGGCUACCCAUCAUCCAGGCUUCCGGAAUUUACAGAGGAAGAGAAGAAGAUGAUCAAAGGCACUGGUGAUUUCUUUGCUGUGCAAUAUUAUACGACUCGCUUAGUCAGAUACAAGGAGAACAAGAAAGGAGAGCUGGGUGCUAUCCACGAUGCCGAGGCUGAAGUUUUGACAGACCCAUCUUGGGUCAAUUUGGACUGGGUCUAUGUAGUGCCAUGGGGAAUACGUAAAUUACUGAAGUAUGUAAAGGAAAUGUAUAACAACCCUGUAAUUUACAUCACUGAGAAUGGUUUUCCCCACAGUGACCUCACGUCUUUGGAUGACACUCAGCGCUGGGAAUAUUUCAGACAGACAUUUGAGGAGCUGCUCAAAGCUAUCCAACUGGAUAAAGUCAACCUCAAAGUAUAUUGUGCAUGGUCUCUUCUGGAUAACUUUGAGUGGACAGAAGGGUAUAGCUGCCGGUUUGGUUUCUUCCAUGUUGACUUUGAAGAUCCGGCUAGACCUCGAGUCCCUUACAGUUCUGCCAAGGAAUAUGCCAAGGUCAUUCAGAACAAUGGCCUAGAGGGACAUCAAUAG